AUGAUUAUUGAAGGAAAAAAAGGGUUGGUUCGGGAACGAAUCCAAUUUUGGCGACAACAAGGAGAACGAAUUGCAUUUGUUCCAACAAUGGGCAAUUUGCAUGAGGGUCAUUUAACAUUGGUGAAAAAGGCAAAGGAAAUGGGAACAAAAGUGGUAGUUAGCAUUUUCGUCAAUCCUAUGCAAUUCAACAACCAAAACGACUUGAAUGCUUAUCCUCAAACGUUAAAAGAGGAUAGCGAAAAACUAAAGGAUUUGUGUGUCGAUUUAGUAUUUACGCCCACAGUGCAAGAGCUGUACCCGGCUGGUUCUGCAGGAAUUACAUUCGUGGAAACUCCAAAGUUAUCGGAAAUGCUGGAAGGUGCUAGUCGCCCAGGACAUUUUCGUGGUGUUACGACGAUUGUAAGCAAAUUGUUCCAUAUAGUACAACCGGAUAUAGCAUGCUUUGGCGAGAAAGAUUUCCAGCAGUUGGCGAUUCUACGAAAGAUGGUAACGGAUUUGGAUUUUGGUAUCGAGAUCGUCGGCGUUCCGAUUGUUCGUGGUGAGAAUGGCUUGGCGUUGAGUUCUAGAAAUGGCUAUUUAACAGAAGAACAGCUCAAGAUUGCUCCUAACCUGUAUGAGGUAUUAUCUGGAGUGGUGAGGAAAGUAACUCAAGGCCAUCGAGACUUUGCUACCUUGUUUCAGGAUUGCGAUACUGAAUUGCGCAAACUUGGGUUUGUUCCUGACCAAAUUGAAAUUCGAGACGCCGAUUCUCUAGAGUCUUGCAGCCAUGAAACCAAGCGCAUGGUUUUACUUGCGGCAGCUUGGUUGGGCAAGGCAAGAUUAAUUGAUAAUAUCCAAAUUAACUGCCAUUAUGAUAUACAAAAAUAA